GUUCACCCCCUCGAAAUCAAACCAUCUGCUAUCGUCAAACGUAGUCGUGCGAAAGCUAAGAAAUAACAUUAUCAAGCUGCAUUAAAAAUGCCGUGUGGCAGAAACUUUAGGCGGAGAAAGGACUCGUCAGAUGUAGAGGAGGAUGAGACAACCGAAGAAGUCAGAUCUAAAGUGGAGGAGGCUAAAGAGCUUCAGAGUUUACGGAAACGACAGACCGGAGUCAGUGUGACAGCCCUGUUGGUCGGGGAGAAACUGCCACCAGAGGCUGAAAUUGAUAAUGAUCCUUUUAAACUGAAGACUGGGGGCGUUGUAGACAUGAAGAAAGUCAAAGACAGGAAUAGGGACAUGACUGAAGAGGAGACGGAUCUGAACCUGGGCACCUCCUUUUCUGCUGAAACUAACAGAAGAGACGAGGAUGCGGACAUGAUGAAAUACAUUGAAACAGAGCUGAAGAAGAAGAAGGGCUUAGUGGAGGCCGAGGAACAGAAAGUUAAGGUGAAGAAUGCAGAGGAUCACCUGUAUGAGCUGCCUGAGAGCAUCCGAGUGAAUUCUGCCAAGAAGACAGAGGAGAUGUUGUCCAAUCAGAUGCUGAGCGGGAUCCCUGAAGUCGAUCUUGGUAUUGAUGCAAAGAUAAAGAACAUUAUCCAGACAGAGGAUGCAAAAGCCAAGCUUCUGGCAGAACAGAGGAACAAGAAAAAAGACCAUGGCACAUCUUUUGUACCCACCAACAUCGCUGUUAACUACGUCCAACACAACCGCUUCUAUCAUGAGGAUGUGAACGCACCACAGAGGCACCACAGACACAGAGAGGAGCCCAAGGCCAGGCCACUGCGUGUGGGAGACACUGAGAAACCAGGUCCAGAGGCUUCGUCACCACCAAACUACCGCAAACGUCCAAACAACGAAAAAGCCACAGAUGACUACCAUUAUGAGAAGUUCAAGAAGAUGAACCGACGAUAUUGAGGAGCUGGAUACUUUUUUUAAGAAUGAGUUACUCAUGAGGAUUGAAGACUCCAGCUGAGCCACGAAGAUUUGCAGACUGCUUCUCCUACAGCUAUUGAUUGGAGGAAUACCAAGACCCUUCAGUGUAGUAUUUUGUACAUAUUUUAAAAAGCUCCUUGUGGUUUUCUGUAUACAGAACAUUUUCUCUGUGGUGCGUUCUUCAUCAUUGAGGAAACCAUGUGGCUUUUAUGGCUCAGGAUUGUCUGAUAACCAAGGACCAGUCAAGGAAUACACAAAUAUAUUAAAGGGACAGUUCUUCCCAGAAAUCAAAAACACAUUUUCCUCUCACCUUUAGUGCUGUUUAUCACUCUAGAUUGUUUUGGUGUGAGUUGCAGAGGGCUGAAGAUAUUAGCCGUCUGCCUUCUCUCCAAGAUAAUGGAACCUGUGGUGUAGUGGUAGCAUUUUCCUGUAAGAACUGUCAACCGUUUGACCGUGCAGAAGGAAGAGUGCAUCGACUGCUUGCUCAUGUAGCACCACUGAGUUAGCUGAUGGUGCAGCUCAGCCGAGGAGGACACCAUUAAUGUUUACAUCUCAAGCUGUCAUGAGCACAAGCCUCUUUUCCGAGAGGAGAUGCACCCUUCCUUCUGUGCUGUGAUGUUUGGCAGGUGUAGUUCCGUAGGAAGGAAGUAGUUCCUACAUGAAACUGCUCACAACAAGGUCUGUGGAUUUUCUUCAGUAACUGGGUUAUAGUUUCUGGAAAGAGACAUUGCUGUUGAGUUUUUCAAAUCUAUUUUUUGGUGCUUUGAGCACCACAAGCUGAGUGCCAUCUAGUUCCAUUAUAUUGGAGAGAAGGCAGACAUCUCUACAGCCGAUAUCUCCAACACUCAACAGCUCACACCAAAACAAACUAGAUUGAUAAAUAGCAUUACAGGUAAGAGGGAAUAUAUGCAUUUUAGAUUUUGGGGUGAACUACCCCUUUAACAAGUGUUUAAUUAAUUAAGUGGUAGAUUUGCUUUUUAGUCCAUCAUUAAAUGUUGACUGUUAGUUGUAGAAUUAUGUCUUAUGGCUUUCAGAAAAUUAAAAAAAACAAAACCACAA